AUGGUUGUCGUCAUCCACAAGUCCGGCGAUUUUACACGAAGCGCAGAAGACUGCGGCCUCUUUCACCGCAUUGCCUUUUCAGGUGCCUCCAUACUCGAGAACGGCUCGACGGUUGAGUUGGCAUUGCGAAGCCCGAUCUCGUUGCAAGUAGGCGAUGACGGAAUUAUCGGUCGGAGAGUCUCGGUCUUUUCUAAGUCAGAGAUGAAGGAUGCUUGUGCGGAGGGCAUUGUUGGCUUCAACUUUGCGAGCUCCCUUUGA